GUGUGGAACCAAUGAAGAAAGGACAAUGCCAGGUUCAGUAAGUGACUUGGCAUGUUGCAGUAUGCCAGCCGAUAUACCAGAAGCAAAGCCCCAUUCGUAUUUAGAUGCUAUCCGCAGCGGGCUUGAAGACGGUGCUGAACCUGGGAGCUCAUAUGCCUAUGAUGAGCAGUUGUGUCCCUACGCAGCAGCCGGCAUGUGCCAGUUUGGGGACCGGUGCCUCUACCUCCAUGGGCAAGUGUGUGAAAUCUGUGGGUUGCAAGUACUCCAUCCCUUUGAUCCAGAACAGAGGAAGGCACACGAGAAGAUGUGCAUGGCUAGUUUUGAACAUGACAUGGAGAACGCAUUUGCCUUCCAGGCAAGCCAAGACAAAGUGUGCAGUAUCUGCAUGGAAGUGGUUUAUGACAAGCCAUCCGCAUCCGAAAGAAGAUUUGGCAUCCUUUCUAACUGCAAUCACACCUACUGUUUGUCCUGUAUCCGUCAGUGGAGGGGGAUCAAGCAGUUUGAGAAUCCCAUCAUCAAGUCCUGUCCAGAAUGCCGCGUGGUAUCCGAGUUUGUCAUUCCCAGUGUGUACUGGGUAGAAGAUCAGACAAAAAAGAAUGAACUAAUUGAAGCAUUUAAGCAAGGGGUUGGGAGAAAGCCCUGCAAGUAUUUUGAACAAGGAAAGGGAACUUGCCCAUUUGGGGGGAAAUGUUUGUAUCUCCAUGCUUACCCAGAUGGAAGACGAGCUGAGCCGGAGAAGCCACGAAAGCAGCUCAGCUCUGAGGGGACAGUCCGGUUCCUCAACUCUGUUCGUCUGUGGGAUUUUAUCGAAGACCGAGAAAACAGGACUCUGCCAGUUGCCAAUGAUGAUGUAACUGAGAUUGGAGAGCUUUUUAUGCAUCUUUCUGGCACAGAUGCCGAAUCUGCUGCUCCUCCCUAGACUACCACAAGAUCUCUCCCGUGUCCAUAUUCCAUAUUGAUCCUUCUGUUUCUUCAGUAACUUUGUACCACAAUGUUAGGAUUACUGUGCCAUGGAGACUGAGGUCCUGGUGAAAUUCUAGUCUGAGUGUCACUGUAGAGCAAAAGUGUUGAAACAUCAUAAAAUGAGUGCUUGGAAUAAAAGUGAUAGAUGUAAUCAUGAAGAGAAGAACUUUUCUAUUAGAAGGGAAAGAGCAGCAAUGUGUUUUUAGUUUAAACGAAUAUUUACUCCCAUUUUAUUGAAAAAAAACUUGCUAUUCUAAGAUUUGAGCUAGAUCCAAUUGGAGGUUGUCUUUUAGUAUUAUAAUAUCUUAAUAAAAGAAUGGAAAAAUGCA